GAAUUGAAAUAUAUAUAUAUAUAUAGUAAUUUAUUAUAAAAUAAUUAAUGAAUUGAACUGUGGUUAUGAAUUGAAUACAAAUUGAAGAAAAUAAUGGCGAUUUCCUACCAAUGCUUAUACAUAUGGGUGGUACUUUUAAACAUGAUAACAAUGAAAACCUUCAAUAUGUUGAUGGGGAAUGUGAGAGAUGGAAAGUGAAUCCUGAUUUGUUAAUUGUGUGGGAGUUCUAUGAGAAAGUAAAAUUUGGUAGAUACGACAUUGAGUUAGUAGAGAGUAUUUCUUAUCUUGAGUCAAACAAGUCACUAGAUGAUGGUUUGAAGCAAAUUGCUAAUGACGAUAUAGUUAGGGAAGUGUUAAAUGUGUUGAAGGAGAAUAGGAAGGAUAUUGGUGGUAUAUGUGAUAAAAAUGGUCUUGAUGGGGUAUUUACUGAUGCUAGUGGGAAUUUCCCUGAGUUGUCUGCUAAUGAUGAUGAUGAGACUGUUCUAACAAGGGAUAAUCUAAGGAAUUUUAGAGCAAAUCAAAUUGGAGUUGCUUCUAGUUCUACAACAGUAGUGAGUUACAUCUCCACAAGUAAUGAAAAGGAUAAGGAAGCAGAUCAUGAUAGGAGGAGGCAAGCUAGACAUAAAGUGUUUAAAAAAGUUGAUGGCAUUCCAGAAAUGGAGCUUGGCAUGAUAUUUCUGAACAAGAAACCAUUCAAGAAGGCUGUGGAUCAAUUGAGCAUUAGACAAGGGAGAGAGAUUGCAUGGGAAAAAAAUGACAAUAAAAGUAUGAGGGCAGUAUAUAAUGAUCAGAGCUAUAAGUGGAGGAUCCUACUAGCAUCUAACAAUCCUACCAAGUCUUGGAUGGUAAAAACCUUCAGUCCUGAUCACAUAUGUAUAGUGAGUGUUACCAACAAAGUUUGCACGUCUUCCAUUGCUAUCCAGCAUUUGGUAAAGACAAAAGGAGCAGCUAGUCUACGUUUGAAUAAAGAAGACAUUUUUACUGAAAUUAAGAAUGAUUUAGGUGUGGAGUUAAUAGUUGUGCAAUGUAAGAAGACAAAGAUGAAGUUGAAAAAGACCUUUCAUGAGGAAUGUGAGGCUGAAUACAAAGUGUUAUUUGACUAUGCAAAUGAAUUAAGGUCAAAAGAUCCUGAAGCAAAUGUUUUGCUUGAAUGCGCUAGACCAACAGCAGAUAUGAAUCCUGUUUUCUUGAGGAUGUACAUUUGUUUUAGUGCACAUAAAGGAGAAUUGCUUUCCGUUAUAGGAAGAGAUGCAAAUGAUCAAAUGUUUCCCAUUGCAUGGGCUGUUGUGGAGGUUGAGACAAGGGAGGCAUGUGAAUGGUUUCUUGAAGAAUUGGCAAAAGAUUUAAUGAUGGGAGAUGGAAAGAACUUUUGCAUUAUACCUGACCAGCAAAAGGGCCUUAUUCAUGUAGUAGCAAGUCUACUACCACAUGUUGAACUCAUAUUUUGUGCUAGGCACAAGUACAGCAAUUUCAGGAAGCAUCACAAGGGCAAGGAAGUGCAAAAGGCUUUCUUGAAAUUUGUCAAGGCAAGAACCAUGGUUGAGUUCAACAAAGCUAUGGAUGAGUUAGCAAGGUUGAAACCUGCUGCAAAAGGAACCAUGUUGAAAACAGAUCCAAAGCACUGGUGUCGAGCUUUCUUCCAAACAGAGACAAAGUCAGAUGUAGUGGAUAAUAACAUGUGUGAAGUUUUUAAUGGAUUGUUGAUGGAUUCAAGGCAUAAGGCUAUUAUUUCACUACAGCAAGAUGUGAGGUCUUUUGUGGUAAAAGAACAAUUGCUAGAUAACAGAAAAUGUACAUGCAGAGAAUGGGAUCUCACUGGAAUCCCUUGUAGGCACGUCAUAACAGCUAUUAACGCCAAGAAGCUUAGAGUGGAAGAAUUUGUAUCACAUUGGUAUAGGAAGGAUAUGUUUAAAGCUGCCUAUGAGUAUGCAUUGCCUGCAAUUGAAAGGAUGAAUCAAUGGAGAGAAAUUGAAAUGCCACCUACUCAGCCUCCUCCAGCCCCAGUUCAAGAAAGUGCCAUUGGACGUGCAAAGCAAGUUCCUGUUGUAGAAGGCCCUCAACAGUUGUUACAAGGUGAAGGGAGUUCGGGUGCUACAUUUGGUAGUGGUGGGCAAUUUGUGACUAGAAGGCAGUUGGAAGCACAAGUAAGACAGAGAAAGAAAGAUAAGGAAGCUGUUAGGAACAAAAAGUGAAGAAAAAUUGAAGAGUGAACUGUUCCAGAAAACUGAACCUAUUGUUGAAGUUUGAUUUUGAUGUCAUUAAGGUUGCAAAGUGAUGGUGUAUUAUUUUCCAUGUUUGUUUUGUUAUUUUGUUUGCAUUUUAGAAAAUUAUGGUGUAAUUUGUAGCUUAAUGGACAUUGUGCUACUCAGUUUGUAUUUUGGGUAUUAUAUGUUAAUGGAUAGAGUGGGUUUUGUGACUAUGAUUACAUGUUAUUGGCUAAAUUUUAUAAAUUUCAUGCUCUUGG